CGUCUCUCGGGCUGGCGCCCCGAGUCCCUGGUGGCCCGUAGUGCGCGCUGCCUCGCCUUCGUCCCGUAGAAACCGGUCCCUUCCGGCCCAUGGCUCCCUUUGGACCCCACGCUGCUCCGUGCUGUGGCGGCCCUUCUGCGGCGAGCGUGGCCCGUUCCUGUAGUCCGGUGGGGCGGCCCCCGCCCCCGCGGGGGGCCUGCUCUCCUCUUCCUCUCAGGCUCUGAGGUCCGUGCGCGUGGCUCUGUCCCGAGGGGUGUGUGCACCGGCCUGGUUCUCGGGUGGCGGCUGUGCCCGCGGUCAUCCAGCAGCCGCCCCCCUCCUGCGCUUCCCCACGCGGCCGCGCCAAGCCCUGGUUCUUUCCUAGGGUUGGGCGCCGAGUCCUCACCCUCCUCACGGCGCUGUCACGCCAGGUCACCUAGCUUUGUUAGAUUUAAACUUGUACCUGAGCACCAAGCUCUGACUUUUUUUCCAGUUCCAGCUGCAGCUAGGUCUAAGAAUGAGGACAAAGGCUGCUUUUCAAGCCGCGACCCCUUGUCAGGCUGGGGGGCCACCUCGGCAGCAGCUGCUCGUGGCUGCUCCGGGGCCAAGUUCAGAGCCCCGCUGGGUCUGCCCCACAGAGGCCUCGGGGCGCCGCCUGCCGCUGCACGGUCGGGCAUCCUCAUCGCCCAACGGUGCAGGUCCCUCUCCUGCCCGCUGGAGCCUGCAAGGGCGCCCUGCCUGUCCCGGCACAGGCCAGCCCUGGGAUGUUGAAGAGCACCUCCCCGCGCCUGGGCUGGGCCGCCCCCUGCCGGUCUGAAGCUGUCUGGCUCCCCCCCCUAGGUCUUCUCCACCUGAAAAGCCGCCUUUCCUUCAGCCCCCCAUUCCCCAACUACCAGGGCGGCCUCCUCCAUCUCUCUCCCUCCCACACCCCACCCUCCCCCUGCUGUGCCCGCAGCAGCCUGUUUCCUCCCCCCACGGGCCCCAUGUGGCAGCUGGGUGCCCGGCUGCUAGGACUGGCUCCGGCGUGACUGCUGACGGUGUGUUUGAUUGAAACAGUCUCGAAGAGUUUUCUUAUUUGUGCAUGGAAGAGCUGGCUGCAGGCUACAGACGGGGGUGUGUGUGUGGGAGGGGGGCUGUGUGUGUUAGGACGCCCCAGAGACAGUGGGGAGCCGAACAGGCUGGGCCCCUGAGACCCACCAGCAGGGGUCUCAGCGGGGAGAUGGGAGGGGUCUGCUGUGCCCAGGGUCCCUCCCUGCCUGGGGUCCCACUCAGGCUGCCGUGGCCGGAACAGCAGGGACUGACUCCAGGCCAUCAGGAGACCAGACCCUUGCCUGUACAUCCCUCGCUUCGCCCACCUGCUGGAGUUCGGGGACAAGAACCACGAGGUGUCCAUGACGGCCCUGCGGCUCCUGCAGAGGAUGAAGAGGGACUGGAUGCAUACUGGGCGCCGGCCCUCGGGCCUCUGCGGGGCAGCGCUCCUGGUGGCUGCCCGGAUGCACGACUUCCGCAGGACAGUCAGAGAGGUGGUCAGCGUGGUCAAGGUGUGUGAGUCCACCCUGCGGAAGAGGCUCACGGAGUUCGAGGACACGCCCACCAGCCAGCUGACCGUGGACGAGUUCAUGAAGAUUGACCUGGAGGAGGAGUGCGACCCACCGUCCUACACCGCCGGGCAGAGGAAGCUGCGCCUGAAGCAGCUGGAGCAGGUCCUGUCUAAGAAGCUGGAGGAGGUGGAAGGGGAGAUCUCCAGCUACCAGGACGCCAUCGAGAGCGAGCUGGAGAGCAGCCGGCCGCGGGCCAAAGGGGCCCUGGCCAGCCUGGCCAAGGAGGGCUCCGCCGACGACCCCACAGCCAGUAUCUUUGGUGACGAGGACGCCGAGGACGAAGAGCUCGAGGUCGCUGCCAGCCACCUGAACAAGGACUUCUACCGGGAGCUCUGCGGCCUUCCAGGGGGCUCAGAGGCGGCGGGCGGCCCUGACGGGGAUGGAAGGCCCCCUGCCCUGGAGGCCCUGCUGGGGCCCCUGCCCACGGCAGCCAGCCUGGGCAUCUCAGACUCCAUCCGGGAGUGCAUCUCUUCCCCGGGCAGGGAAUCCCAAGGUGCCCCGGGGGACGGUGAGCUGGACCUGAGCGGGAUUGACGACCUGGAGAUCGACAGGUACAUCCUGGACGAGGCCGAAGCCCGCGUGAAGGCCGAGCUGUGGAUGCGGGAGAACGCGGAGUACCUGCGGGAGCAGAGGGAGAAAGAAGCCCGGAUCGCCAAGGAGAAGGAGCUGGGCAUCUACAAGGAGCACAAGCCCAAGAAGCCCUGCCGGCGCCGGGAGCCCAUCCAGGCCAGCACGGCGGGUGAGGCCAUCGAGAAGAUGCUGGAGCAGAAGAGGAUCUCCAGCAAAAUCAACUACAGCGUGCUCCGCGGCCUGGACAGUGCGGGCGCCGGCCUGCAGGGCGGGGCCCCCGGGGCCCUGCAGCCCGCUGGCGUCCGCAGGCUGCCCCGGAAGACGCCGGCCCGGCCGGGGUCUGAGCGCGCAGCCAGUGUGGGGAAGAGGUUACGGCCCUUGGUGUCCUCGCAGCCCCCCGAGAAGCCAGCUGCGCCAGAGGCAGGGUCCCCCCUGAGCGCCCCCACCCUUGGGGCCAGGCCGCCCCAGCCCGCGGCGGUGGUGGAGAGCGGGCCCGUGUCCUACCACCCGGAGGAGGAGGCCGAGGAGGAGGAGGCCGAGGAGGAGGACGGGGAGCCCUGCGUCAGCGCUCUGCAGAUGAUGGGCCGCGACGAUUAUGGCUGUGAGGGGGACGACGAGGACGGCUACUGAGGUCAAGCACAGAGGGCCUCGCGCCCGCCUCAGCGGCAAGGAGACACUGCCGGCCGCCGCCCGCGGGCUGCUGGGAAGUCGGGGCCCCGGGGCGCAGUGCGUCCGUGCUCUGCCCCUUGCUGGUGCGUACUGGCCAGAGGUGGCAGCUCCGAGGAGCCCCGUGGGCCUGCGCUCUCCCACUCGGCCGGACCCCAGCCCCUCCCAAGGCAGGCGCCCCAGCCUGCAUCCUGACUGGCGCUGGCCCGGAGCCAGCCUGGCUUGUUGUGUGGGAGCAGCCGGGCCCCUCGGCGCCCCGCUUGCCGGUGGCUGGUGAUGGGGCCAGGAGACUUGGGUCAGCCCCGGUUUGGCCUCUCCGUGAAGGCCAGGGCCCACCAUCGGGUCCUGGCCGCUCGGGACGUGGUCACGUGGGCAGCGGAGCCCCUGCCCAGGAGCGGGCACGAGGCUGCCGCAGCCGGUUUCGAGGCAGGUGGGAACAAGACGUGACUUG